CUUAGUCCAUGUCACUUUCGAGGAGUAAAACGAUACCAUCUACCCGUGUGGCCAUUGUCUCCUAGCUGCCUAUUGAAGGAGCUCAUCCAAAAUUCAUUGAGAGACCAUCUCCCAUUUUAAUGACGCGAGAGUCAAGCAACAUUCAAGAGCUUGCUAUCCCUUCUCUCGCUCUACUGCGCAAGAGUGCUUUCAAGGACUAAAUCCAUCUCGUCCUUUCCUAUCCAUCGCUUGUCCUCACUGAUCGCUGUCAUUUGAGCAUUUGGAUUUACCUAUUGUUCUCUCGACUCUUCCACAGUCUCAAUCAUUGAUGUUACGGUGAUAAUGUUGUGGACCUCACUAGCAUGAAGCAGCAACAUCGACACCACCACCCUCAGUAACGCUCAAGAUCGUCGUCAAGAUGGGUGACUACCAUAACCCUCAUUUCGGCCACGGAUCGAUGCCAUAUGCUGCGCAGAAUAGCAUACCAUUUUCGCAGCCUCCUCAGCAGAUGUUCCCUCAGCAACAUGCCAUGCAAAUGCCUCAGCAGCAUUCCGGAUACACGCCUCAUCCAAACCAAGCCGCAUACCAGCAUAGCGCGACCUUGCCUUCAGGAAACUACGGCCAGCCGAUGCCGCCUUUUCCUAACCCGUACUGGGGACAGGUCACGCAGACCUCGCCAAUCACUGCCCAGUCUCAGUAUCAGACACCGCCGGGUUAUGGCAUGCCUUUUCCCAUCCCGCACUCGGUCGCUGGAUACGCCGCAAACACUCCUGCUGCAGGGCAGUAUCAAGCCUUUUCAAUGCAGAAUACCCCUUACGCCCAACAACAUAGCCAAAUGCGCUCGCAAGCCCCUCAAAAUCCGACCUUUCCUGGGUUCCCAUCCCCUGGGCCGCAACUGACACCAAACGGUACCAACGGACAGCCCAGGCCACGUCAAGAUCUAGAAAUGAGUAAUGUCGACACAAACCCCAUCACACCUUCAUCUCAGCAUGGCAAAACUGGAGCCGAUGGAUGGGGAAGUGUACAAGGUGGUGCAAAUGAACCAAGAACUGAUGCCAAUCUGCAUGGCAAUGAAAUGGCACGUGAAGCGAAAGAUGCCUCUCAUGAUGCUUUAAACGCAGCAAUCGAGAUAGAAGACAACGAAGCCUAUUCUCCAUCUUUGCCGCCGGUCAGUCAGGAAAAUAAUGCAGAAAUGCAGAAACCCGAUCAACCUACCAAGGGCGUGCAACCCAGUUCAAGUGAGCCAGCCGAUGUUUUGAAUGUGAAUCACAACCCACCAUAUUUGCAAGCGCCAACUUCCCAAGUCCCUGCGAGUGUUCCUUUCGGAUCAACCAGCAUUCAAUCGAUUCCAUCACACACAAACCUAGGCGACCCUUCCCACCACACACAACCCACAACAUCCGCCACGCAGCCAGGUCACGCAGUGCCUCACCCAGAUUGGGUUCGGAAAUUCGUGAAUACAUUGGCGGAGAACGGCUACAGCGUUGGUGACAUGGCGGAAGAAAAUCCUCCUUGGACUGAAUUUGAAAUUGCCCAACUAAGUGGGCUAUUUGACGAGGCUCGUGUCCACCUCGCCCAAGCGAAAGCACGAGUGGCCGCCGCGAAGCUGGGUAAAUCUGCCCCGAAACCCCCACAUGAGGAGUAUAUCCAGCGUCCCGCUGGUUCUACCGCCUUGGUUCCUCCCGAAGUCAAUCAAUCAUUGACCCAGAAUGCCCCUCCAUGCGGUGAAUCCGCUAUUGCGACCGAUCUCCCUGGGCUCGUCAAUCCAACUCCAGAAGCUGUCAAGGUGAACAAUGCCGUGGGUGCAGCCUCAUCAGGAUAUUCUCCCGAUGUCCACAGACUUUCACCUUCACAGCCAAUGAAAACCUCCACUACGAUUGCUCAAUCAGUGGGCACAACUCCAGAAGCUGCAGCUGCAAAGCGUCAGGAAUAUAUCCAGAAACUUCUUGCUCUUAAGAAGAAGAAGGCCGCGGGGUCUAAUGCCGACCAAGCUCCGCCCUCUAUACCCACGCCAUCAGCGCUACUAGCAGAGCUCUCGGAAGAGUCCAAAGUUGUCAACCCUCCCAUUUCCACAGGGCCAGAAGAUGUCACUUCUAAGGCCAUCGCAUUCUCUGAGGCGGAGAGAAGUCCUUCCGUCGCAAUCCCGGAGAACGGAGCACUGUCCGAUGCGGUGGCGAUCUCGGAAAGAGAAGAAAAGAAACGCAAGCAAACAGAGUUGGCUCGCCAAAGGUUGGAGGCUCAUUUACUGAGGCAGAAAGCACAAGGGACUCCAAAACAAGCACCGGCUUAUUCUCCACAUCACCUGUCAAGUCAAGUUCAGCAACAGGAGAACAUGUCCCAGGCUCCUGUUAUUGCCAGGCCAGCCUCUUCCAUGGGUGCGAUCCCAGGACUUAGUCUUUCAGAGACCUUCCCGACUGCUAUGUCAACCGGCCAAGGACUUCGCACUGCUCCCAUCGUGAACGGCCAAGGUUAUCCAAACGCCUUCUCCUCUCCUAUCCGCCCUGUGCCUGGCUCUUUUUCCGUCCAGUCAAGCAAUCUGAAUAAGCGAAGAAGGCCUGUCGCUUCGGACUUUGACGAUAUUGACACGGAACCUUUGAGUAAACGUCCAUCGUUCACUGCAAGUCGAAGCGCAAGCUAUGGACAAGUCCAUAACGCCUAUGGUGGCUAUGAUCCCCAUGAGCGGAUGAUAAUCGAUCUUAGUGAUGACGAAGACGAAGAUGAGGAGGAAGAGGAGGGUGAGGUUCUUGAGGAUACAGAAGAUGCUAUCCAAGAUUCGGUUGAGCUUGAGGCCGCAGUAGCCGGCCUGAUCGAAUCUGAAAUGCGGAAAGGAGCAAAUUCUGGGGACGGUCUCCCUCCCCCGCCUCGUCCCCUUCCCGCUCUUUCAUCGCUUCCUACCGUAACCCGAUCCCGCGCACCGUUGGAUACGCCGCCAAUACCUUCCGGCUCUGAGACGCCGAACGUGGUCGAGAAAGAACAGGAAAUCGAGAGGCUGAAGCGCGAGAUUGCCGCCAAAGAAGCACUGAUGCAGGCAAAACUGAAAGCCAAGAGCUCGCUCAAGAAACCCGACGCUCAGAGGAACGUCAAAUCCGAUCCCGCUACAUCCUUCUCAGGCCGGCCAGCUGGUUUCACCACAACCGCUCAUGCCGAAAGAUCUGCAAUAGCUUCAAUCUCGCCUCGAAUCAGUCGGGCCCAGAUGCCAAGUACAUUGGCGCUUUCCGACUCCCAUGCCCAUACGCUUUCUCCGUCGCCUUACCGUGAAACGUCAGUCCGUGCGCGGCGAAAGGAAGAAUUGCAGAGAAAAAUGCAGCAACUAGAAGAUGAAGAGCGGAGAAGGCGCGAGGAAAAAGACAGGUAUCUCCAAGAGCUCAUGCAAAUUAGCGAUGACAGCGGCGAAGAUGCUGGUGCUGGUGUCGCCAAUGAGGUUGAUAAUUCGGAAGGAGAUGCCAGCGCCCGCCUAGUCGGUGUCCCACUGGAGACCACUAUACCCGAAGCCGCUGUGCCAGAAGCAGGCCCGGCUUUUGAGGCCAUUCCGGGCUCUGCGGAGUCUGUUCGAGCCGAUGCAAUACCCACAGAGCGCCGGGCAUCUGAGGAUGAUCUUGAGACAGGCUGGGAAGACCAGGAUCUUUACGAAGACACGACCAAGAAGGAUGACUCGGUCGAUGGCCAGUCUGUUUCUUCCGCUAUCUAUGAUGGCGGUGAGGACGAGGAGAUGCUGUACGACGAGGAUGACCGCACACCGCCCAAUAAUGCUAGCGAAUCUUCUGGCCCUGGCGAGGCGAUGGAUCUUGAGGUCAGUGAGGGCGAGAUUAUGGAGGACGACGACACAAACAGACAAGCCCCCGAAUCGCCAGAUGAUCCUAGAGAGAUGGAUCUACCCGAAAUUGUUUAUGGAGCAGAGGGGAUGAUUACGGCAUCCAGGAUUCCAAGUGCUUCGGCACUUCAGAGUGGUUCGGUAUCCAAAGUAUCACAAGAGGUAGUCUCCACGCUCCUGCACAGUGGAUCUGCACCUAUGGAAGAAUCAUCAACCGAAUCCGUCGACGAGGAAGAAGACUUCUACGAUCAAGACGAACAGCUUGCUCCAACCAAUGGCUCACAGCGCUCCGUUGGGUCUGCUGCCGAAGAAGAUGACAGCGAUGAUUAUGAUCCCGAGGACAUCAUCGGCGAUGAAGCUGCUUUGAGUGCCCAAGAUGCCGAUAUCGGAGAGGACGUCAACAGCACAAUUCCUGAUCAUGUCUCGCUGGCCGCACAAGUCGCUGCUGGAUUCCUCGAGAUGGAGUCUCUUGACCCAAGCCAAUCGACCAGUGUCUUCAGCGAAGACCGAGUAGGUGCGAUCGGCGCAGCUCAUCUGACCAGCUUCGAGAAGCCUGGCGAAGUCCAAAACGCCGCUCCCAUCGACACCACAAAUCCGAUUGCAGCUUUGCUCUCGUCCCAUGUCGAAUCCAUUAGUACCCAAGGUGACUCACAGAAAGACGCAGACCGUGCGAUUGCUGCGGUUGAUGACAAGCAUACCGAUGACGCCGAGCGCCAGGCACAAGAAGCACUUAUACUCGAGGCGAAACGGGCUGAGAGGAAUGCCUUGCUCCGGGCGAGGCUAGAAGCUCUUCGCCAGAACAAGCCGUCAUCUGAAGCGGAGGCUUCUCCGGUACAGCGAGAUAUCGCCGAGGAGAAGCAGGCAGUGACAGAUGAAGUCCAGAUUGCAGCUGCGGAACCUAGUGCUACUUCGGAAGCUUCUGAGGAGAGUUCGGAAUCGGAGUCGGAGGAAUCAGAAGACAUGGACCUUGAAUCUGUAAGUGCCGCAAUCCUGUUCAGCCGUGAGAGAAUGUACGUGAAUUUAACAUCUCUUAGAACACGCCAGAAAUACAGAU